AUGGAACAAGAUGGAGACCCUCCACCUUUCUGGUCCCAGCCCUCCUCCACCGUUCUCCUCCAUCAACGCCGCCGUGGACCACCGUCUCCAAUCAUCAACCCCGUGAUGCUCAUUCUGCUUUUACCGAUCAUAACACUGCUUAUCUUAUUCUUUUUGAUUCCUCCUUUUCUUUCGCACACUUCACAACUUCUUCGACCAAAUUCAGUGAAAAAAAGCUGGGACUCGUUUAUCAUCUUGAUUGUAAUAUUUGCCAUUAUUUGUGGGGUUUUCGCCCGUAAAAAUGAUGACGUUUCAGCUCCUGACGGCAGUGUCUCCGUUGAACAACAAAACAGAAAUAUCUCAAAUGUUUCUUCGAGGGGUCAAUGGUAUGAGUACAGUGAUCGAAAAGCUUAUGUUGGGUUACCGGAAAGUACUGGUGUUAACCGGUUACGGAGGAGUAGUAGCUCGUAUCCUGAUUUGAGACAAGUGCCCGAAUGGGAAACCGGUGAUAACCAGUUCCGGUUUAUGGAUGAUUUUGGAGUGAAUUUUCACCGUUCGACGGCGGGGGAAUAUGAUCGUCUCCAUGUACAAAAUGAUCUUCGCCCUGCACGGCGGAUAGAGAAGCAGCAAGAGGAGUCACAUGUUAAAGUAAUUCCUGUUGAUACAGUUGAUACUCGUUCUUCUCCACCUCCGAUUACAUCACACGCGCGGCAGCAGGCAAAUUUAAAACGGCGAAGAUCGUUUCAUAGUGUUCCGCACAAGGACAAGGUUGAAAAUCAAGCACAGCCCCCUCCGCCUCCACCACCGCCACCAGCACCACCAAUGAGGAUAUCACCGCCGGAGCAAAAACUUCAACGGAAAAAGAGCGGUGCAGUAAAGGAAAUAGCAUCAUCUAUAGCCUCCUUGUAUAAUCAAGGAAAGGGAAAGAAGAGAACAAAGAGGAGAAAUAUUCAAGAGAGCGGCUCUGAGUUUUCAUCAUCGACAGAGUCAGUCAUGCCACCACUAGCGCCACCUCCACCUCCGCCGCCACCACCUCCUCCUCCUCCAGCUAAGGUUUUCCAGAAUCUAUUCAAAAAGAAUAGUAAAAGCAAACGUGUACAUUCUGUUCCUUCCACCACACCACCACCUCCACCACCGCCACCUCCAAAUUCAAUUUUCAACAAUUUGUUCAAAACAGGCACUAAGAGUAAACGAUUUCAACCACCGUUGUCAACUCUUCUGCCACCGCCUCCUCCGCCACCACCUCCACCUUCAUUUCUCAACAAUUUGUUCAAAAACGGAAACAAAAGCAGGGCAUUCAAAUCUACAAGGUCGUCUCCAACGCCACCUCCUCCUCCACCUCCGCUUCAAACAACACGCAUGUCAUCAAGGCAGAAGACUUUUACACGCUCUGCCGCUGAAUUACCAGAACCUUCACAUCGACGUUUAGCCGCUGCUAGCAAACCUCCGUUGCCAACAAAAACAGCAGCCAGCUACUACGACGAAAACUUUAACAGUGGUUCGCAAUCACCGUUGAUACCUCCUCCACCGCCUUUCAAAAUGCCGAAGGUGAAGUUCAUUCCAGCCGGCGAUUUUGUUCGGAUACGGAGCGCACACAGCUCCCGUUGCAGCUCGCCUGAACUAGAAGACAUAGAGGUAGACGUCGACGUUUUAUCGUCCAAAUCAUCGUCGGAGGCAAUGGGCAGCGGAAAUUCAACAGGGACGGCGGUUUUUUGCCCGAGCCCAGAUGUGAAUAUGAAAGCUGAUACUUUCAUUGCUAGGCUCCGAGAUGAGUGGCAGUUGGAGAAGAUGAAUUCAUUGCGAGAGAAGCAAAAGUUGGGCUGA